CCCGCAGCGCCCCGCGCCCCGCUCGCUGCUGCACCCCACGCGGCCGGGGUCCCCCGUCGUCUCCAGGUGUGAGCCCAUGGUCUUGUGGAGCAAAUAAGUUUGAGAAACCUCUGUUGCGAGUGACUGGGGAACAGCCACAGAGAAGCGCGUCCUUGAGUGUCCCAUUGAGCUGCUGUGUUUUACUCCACUCAGUAAUGAAGCCACCACUAUGUCCUCAGUCAGUGAAGUAAAUGUGGAUAUCAGAGAUUUCUUGAUGAGCAUCAAUUUGGAGCAGUAUCUGUCACAUUUCCAAGAGUUUGGUUUUCAUACUGUGAGGGACUGUGUAUCAAUAAAUGAUAGUGUGCUCCAUGAAAUUGGAAUAUCACCCACAGGACACCGUAGGAGGAUACUUAAACAGUUACAGUUACUCUUGUCAAAAAUGCAAGAAAUCCCAAUAUAUGCAAAUGUUCACAAAACGAAAGAUGAGGACACAUCAAAAGAACAUCAUGGUGCCUCCACGCCUUCCAGUCAGAACACUUGUGUAGAAUCAUCUGGCUCUGUUGGUAGUGAGACAUCUAGCUCAACACAGUUGGAGACUAAUUCAAAAAAUGUUGAUCGCAGUACUGCCAGUGUAGAAAAUAGCCAGUCUCUUAAGUCAGAUGAUAAGCUAUCUCUUUCUCAACACGACCUCCCCAACCUAGAAAAAGAUCUUCACCAGAAUUUAGAUUCUUUAUUUGGUAGUGAAAAUAGUAAACUGGAACCGUUGAUUACAAUGGAGACUAUGGAUUGUACAAUUGGAGAACAAACCCAGAGAGCUGAUUUGACAUCAGAUGACUUCAGCAAGGCUCCUGGUGUGAACUCUGAUAGUCUUCCUUCUGUGGACUACCCCGUGUCAGAAGCUCAUUCUGGACAUGGAACUAAUGGCCAGUUGCAGCGGUCCCCGCCAUCCCCGUUCUUUCAGUUUCAAGGAGAAAUGGUUGUGAAUGACUUGUAUGUUCCAUCCUCACCCAUCUUGUCACCUAUGAGAAGUCGAAGCAAGUUGGUUUCAAGACCUUCUCGUUCUUUUUUGCUAAGACAUCGGCCUGUACCUGAGAUUCCAGGGUCAACCAAAGGAAUUUCAGGGAGCUAUUUCCGUGAGAGAAGAAAUGUUACUACCUCAACUGGAAAAUCAGUGACACUGAAAAAUUCAAAUGAGGAGAAUUCAUCUUCCAUCUUUCCUUAUGGAGAGACCUUUCUCUUCCAGAGAGUAGAAAAUUCCAAGAAGAGAUCUAUAAAGAAUGAAUUUUGGGCCCAUGAAGACUCAGUCCAAGGAGAAGCAGCCGCUACAAAGAGCUCUGUUCUCAUCAAAUCAAGUCUAUAUGACAACAAGAAAGAAAAUGUAAGUGAAGACCAAGUAGAAGAUAUCUGGAUACCUCGUGAAGAUAAAAAUAAUAUUCCAAGAGAUUCUGCAUCAGAGUCAGAGUACUCAACGGUGGAAGAAUGCUUUCAGAGUUUAAGGAGAAAAAAUUCCAAGACUUCUAAGUCUAGGACUCAAAAAGCAUUCUAUUUAGACCCCUUUAACAGGCACAGCUACCCUUUAAGCUCAACAAGUGGAAAUACUGAUUCUUCGACCAUCUCCUCAAAUGCCAUCUCUCCCUAUGCCUGCUUCUAUGGCUCCUCUGCAAUGAAGGUUAAAGCUGGAUGGCUGGACAAGCUCUCUCCUCAAGGAAAACGCAUGUUUCAGAAAAGAUGGGUGAAAUUCGAUGGGCUUAGCAUUUCUUACUACAAUAAUGAAAGGGAAAUGUAUUCCAAAGGAAUAAUUCCCCUCUCUGCCAUAUCUACAGUACGAGCUCAAGGAGACAACAAAUUUGAAAUUAUUACAACACAAAGAACUUUUGUCUUCAGGGUAGAAAAAGAAGAAGAGAGAAAUGAUUGGAUUAGCAUACUGCUAAAUGCCCUGAAGUCACAGGCCCUGGUGUCACAGGCUCAAGCAGUUUCUACACCUGAGAAAUGUGGCUAUCUUGAGUUGAGAGGGUAUAAAGCCAAAAUUUAUACUGUGUUGCGGGGAAACAGCGUGUGGCUUUGCAAAAAUGAGCAGGAUUUUAAGGGUGGACUUGGUAUUACCAUAAUCCCUAUGAAUGUUGCCAAUGUCAAGCAGGUGGACAGAACUGUGAAACAAUCCUUCGAGAUAAUCACCCCCUACAGGAGCUUCAGCUUUACAGCCGAGUCUGAGAAAGAGAAACAAGACUGGAUCGAAGCUGUGCAGCAAUCGAUAGCAGAAACUCUCUCUGAUUAUGAAGUAGCCGAAAAGAUUUGGUUCAAUGAGUCCAACAGGAGCUGUGCGGAUUGUACAGCCCCAGACCCCGACUGGGCAUCCAUCAAUCUCUGCGUUGUCAUCUGCAAGAAGUGCGCAGGACAGCACAGGUCUUUGGGACCAAAAGACUCCAAGGUUAGAAGUCUAAAGAUGGAUGCCAGCAUUUGGAGCAACGAGCUCAUUGAGCUUUUUAUUGUCAUUGGAAACAAAAGAGCAAAUGACUUUUGGGCUGGCAACCUUCAGAAGGAAGAAGAAUUACACAUGGACUCACCAGUAGAAAAGAGAAAAAACUUUAUUACUCAGAAAUACAAAGAAGGAAAAUUCAGGAAGACCCUUUUAGCAUCCAUGACCAAAGAGGAAUUAAACAAGGCUCUCUGUGCUGCCGUGGUGACGCCAGAUGUGCUGGAAACCAUGGCGUUGCUGUUCAGUGGUGCUGACGUCAUGUGUGCAACUGGAGACCCUGUGCAUAGCACCCCCUACCUGCUGGCUAAGAAGGCGGGGCAGACUCUGCAAAUGGAGUUUCUCUACCAUAACAAGUUCUCAGAUUUCCCCCAGCAUGACAUUCAUUGUGAGAACGGGUCAAGUCAGGAGGCCGCCCAGUCCACGUUCCUCUGUGACUUCUUGUAUCAGGCACCUGCUGCUGCGUCUAAAGUCUCUUCAGAGAAAAAACUGCUUGAAGAGACGAAUAAAAAGUGGUGUGUUUUAGAGGGAGGCUUCUUGAGUUACUAUGAAAAUGAUAAGUGCACCACACCUAAUGGCACCAUCAAUGUCAGUGAAGUCAUCUGCCUGGCAGUCCACAAAGAAGACUUCUACUUGAAUUCUGGGCCUAUCUUUAUCUUUGAGAUCUACUUACCCUCAGAACGUGUGUUUUUGUUUGGAGCUGAAACAUCUCAAACUCAAAGGAAAUGGACAGAGACAAUAGCCAAGCAUUUUGUUCCCUUUGUUGCUGAAAACCUAACAGAAGCUGAUUAUGAUUUGAUUGGUCAACUGUUCUACAAAGACUGCCAGGCGCUGGACCAGUGGAGGAAAGGCUGGUUCGCUAUGGACAAGUGUAGUUUGCGCUUCUGCCUCCAGACGCAGGAUGCUCAGGAAGAGCGGAUGCACCCAAGACGACUGCAGGAGCUAACAAUCAGCACAAUGGUUCAAAAUGGGGAAAAACUGGAUGUGUUACUCUUGGUAGAAAAGGGCAGAACAUUAUACAUCCAUGGGCAUACCAAGCUGGAUUUCACAGUCUGGCAUACUGCAAUUGAAAAAGCAGCAGGUACAGAUGGCAGUGCAUUACCAGAGCAGCAGCUCAGCAAAAACGACGUCCCCAUUAUCGUGAACAGCUGUAUAGCAUUCGUUACACAGUAUGGUUUGGGAUGCAAAUACAUCUAUCAAAAGAAUGGCGAUCCUGUGCACAUAAGUGAGCUCCUAGAAAGUUUCAAAAAGGAUGCAAGAAGUGUUAAAUUGAGAGCAGGUAAACACCAGCUUGAAGAUGUGACGGGCGUGUUGAAAAGCUUUCUCUGUAACAUAGAUGAUGCCCUUCUUACUAAGGAGCUCUACCCAUAUUGGAUCUCUGCAUUAGACACACAGGAUGACAAGGAAAGGAUGAAAAGAUACCGAGCAUUUAUACGUACUCUUCCUGCAGUCAACAGAGCGACACUGGCUGCCAUAGUUGAACACCUUUACAGGGUUCAGAAAUGCUCAGAAAUUAACCACAUGAAUGCCCACAAUUUGGCCUUGGUCUUUUCAUCCUGUUUGUUUCAAACUAAGGGACAAACCAGUGAAGAGGUAAAUGUCAUCGAGGACCUAAUCAAUAAUUAUGUUGAGAUAUUUGAGGUUAAAGAAGACCAAGUCAAACAAAUGGACAUAGAAAAUAGCUUUAUUACCAAGUGGAAGGACACUCAAGUUUCCCAGGCAGGAGACCUGUUAAUUGAAGUGUACGUGGAAAGGAAGGAACCUGACUGCAGUAUUAUCAUUCGGAUAUCUCCCGUGAUGGAAGCAGAAGAAUUAACUAAUGAUAUAUUAGCAAUAAAAAACAUCAUUCCUACUAAAGGUGAUAUUUGGGCCACAUUUGAAGUCAUUGAAAAUGAAGAGCUAGAGCGUCCCCUCCACUAUACGGAGAACGUGUUGGAGCCGGUGCUUCGGUGGAGUUCCCUCGCUGAGCCUGGCAGUGCUUACCUUGUAGUGAAGAGAUUCUUAACCAUUGACAUGGUUAAACAGUGCCGAGAGAAAAGCAACAAGGAGGGAGUCUUGAGAAUCAAAGAAGAGCCGUAUAAAAUACUGUCUGGGAAUAAGUUUCAAGACCGGUAUUGUGUUUUGCGAGAUGGACAUCUCUUUGUGUACAAGGAUCCAAAGAGCAGUAAAUAUGACAAAAUGUUUUCUCUGAGUUCAAUGAAAUUUUAUCUUGGUGUGAAGAAGAAAAUGAAGCCCCCAACAAGUUGGGGACUGACUGCUUAUUCUGAGAAACAUCACUGGCACCUGUGUUGUGAGAGCUCCCAGGCCCAAAUGGAGUGGAUGGCCAGUAUUUUCAUGGCACAGCAUGAAAAUGAUAUAUGGCCACCGGCUGGAAAGGAACGAAAACGUUCAAUAACCAAGAAUCCCAAAAUUGGAGGCUUACCUCUAAUUCCCAUCCAACAUGAGAGAAAUGCAACCCAAGCCCAGAGGAAUAUUGAGAGUGCAAGGGCAGAACUAGACAGGCUGCGGCUUAGUGAAAAGCGUGACCGAGAGUCCAUGGACCCCAGCCUAAAGGACAGAGCUUCCAUCGUGGCCCAGUGCCUGGAGCACAAGGAUGAUAAGCUUCGAAACCGUGCCCGGAAGCACCGUAGUUUCAACUGCCUGGAGGACACUGAGGCCGAGGUCCCCCAUGGGCAACAGAAGAGCUGCAAAGGCUCAAAGACGCUAAGAAAGACUGAGGACAGGAACGGCAAAGCUGCCUUGGACCCUGAUCACAAGCUACACUCAAAGGUCAUCGAAGAACUGAGUGUGGUUCUGCAGCGGUCUCGAACGCUGCCUAGAGAGCUACAGGCUGAGCAGAUGGUGCAGAAAGAAAUCAAAUGAGUCACUUAACAGAUUAUUUUUUAACAUUCUGUACAAUAAUCGUGGGCCAGAACCCAAACUAUAGUUCCUCAGUUUGCCUCUCUGUAGGCAAACUUGUCUAUCUAUACUUACGAAGAUAAAGAACAUUUCGAAAUAUGUAUAUAUGUGAUUAAGUGUAAAAUUAACUUUAUUUUGGUCUUGGAAAAAAGCUUGUAAAGUUCGAUUGUACUAACUGUAAGAAGUUGUGCAUUAUUUUAAGUGGCCAAUUCUUUGAAAGUCAUUCUGUAAGUGGAGUAAUUUAUGAGCAUAAAUCUCAAACUGUACUGUGCUGUGUAAAAUGCUGCGUUGAAAUGAAGCCUAUAAAACUGUAACAUGUUUUGCACUUUGAGAAGGCUUAUAUAUUAAGUUCCCAUGAGUGUAGGUUUACAUAGGGCCCAACUUAGGGAAAAUAAAGGGAAGUGAGUUGUAAAGAUGUAUUUCUGUGGCUGCCUAACAAAUGACUCUUGGUUUUUAAAGAAAAGAGGCAAGAAGUUAACAUAAAGCUCCACCGCCUUCGGAGGUGGCCUGGGGUGUAUUCCAGUUCACCGAGAUCCAAAGCUUGUUCGGGAGAAACUGCCUUCUAAGAUAAAGGCCUAGUGUCAUAAGUGGUUCCCCAGAAACACCCAGUUAGUCCCUGGGAAUAAUGGCCCGGCUGUUCUCCUGGUGUCCAUGGACCAGCCCCAGUGCAUCUUCACUACGCUCCUGUCUGUUGGUGGCCGGUGGCUGCUAGAAGACCACACACCGAGCUGGGGAGAUGGUGUGGUAUGCAUGGGCCAAACACAGGCAUCAUUUGCACUGUUGCUGUAUGCAAACCAUUUUGUAGAAUUCCUAACUAUAUUUUUGGUACGAACAAAAUUCGCCAUCACAGGAUCUAUCACUAUUGUUGUUCUGUUGCUUUUUUUUAUUCUCUUAUUUUUUUUAUUUGAGGUUAUGAUGUGUUGUCUACAUUUUCAGUAUUAACUGGAAGUGCACACCAUGUGAACAUUUUUUUUUUAACUAAGUAACUGUCUUCUCUCCCUCUACCUAUGAAAAUGACAAAACCUUCUAUUUUUGUUUCCACUUAAAGGUCACCUAUACAAUUGAGAAUUUUCUUAAGAGGCAACACUAUUUUGAAAUAGUUCAUGUCAAGGUCAGCUCUUCUCACCAGUUUCUUUCAAAUUAAUGUUAGGUUUGGUGAAUUUUGCUACGAAAACAACUGUGUAGACAAGGUUUAUUCCCACUAUUUCUUUUGUUUUCCUAUAUUUGGGGUUGUUGUUUUCUUACCAGAAUUUGUCUUUUUUAUGUACAAAGGCCUGUCUUCCCUUCACUCCAAUCAGAAGAGUUGUGUGUUGUGAAGUCCCAGGGUUGCCAUCAUUGUAAUCUACUAACCACUUAUGUGUGUGUGGAAUAAGAGUGUUACCAGGACCGGGUUAUAUUUAUUCUUUAAAUCCAAGUAAACUAUAAUUAAAAUAAUAAAUGAAACUGCAGGGCAGUUUAUGAAUAGGGAGCACUAUUUGGGACCCUUCUUUUAAAGUAAUAAAUGAUGUUAUUUAGGAAGAAAAACUAAUUUUAAGUAAACUGCUAUUCUAAUAAGUAAUGAUAUUUAUAUUUUUAUGAAGUUUGGCCUAGGGAAGUUAAUAUGUUGGUAUUGUUGAGAAAAUGUCUGUAGUUUUUACCUGCCUUAUCUGAACUUUCUGUCUGAAACUUGACCUUAAAAUCUAUCUUAUGGAGUAUGUUUCUAUCCUAUCCCCUCCCACACAGUUGUCUCCAUUUUCAAGUGUAAGGUAAGGGCUAAUUAAUGGUGACACCCCAUCUAUUUUGAAGAAAAAUUAAAAUUGUUUUACUGGUU